UGGUGCCCCAAAUCCUCUCCGUUUCUGGACGCCCAUGGAUGUGUUUUGGAUCCCUCUUCUCGCCACCCUCAUGCUCCUCCACCAAACCACGAGUGCCAGCGACAACACGGAGGUGAUCGGGGUCCUGGGCGGGUCCGUGACCUUCCACAGCCACAACCCAGAUGGAAAUGUAGCAUUCUGGAAUUUUGGGAAUGAACCCAUAGUUACUGUGGUAUUUGAGGACCCUCCUCGACUCAUAUUUUUCAAAGACAAAUUCCAAACCCGUUUUGCUGUGUCUGAGAGAGGCCGUGCACUCAGCAUCUCCCAGCUGAGGAUGGAGGAUGCCGGGAGCUACUCUGUAACCAUUAAUGGAAAAAGAUCCACCUUCACCCUCCAGGUGUUCAGGAGGCUGGCAGAGCUCACGGUGACCUGCGAGGCCCAGAACUGCUCGGACGGGAGAUGCAGCUUCUCCCUGCGCUGCUCCACGCCCGACGCCAGCCUUGGGAACGUCUCCUACAGCUGGAGAGUGCAGGAUCAGCUAUUGGCUGAGGGCCCCAUGCUGCUGGUGAAUGAAUCACUCUCAGAUAAGCAGGAGAUUCUGACAUGCGGAGUGCAGAACCCUGUCAGCAGCAAUAACGUCACCGUCACCACCCCCGUGGUGCUCUGCCCAGCAAAAAACACCCACCCUCCGAGCCCAGGAAAGCUGCCAUCCCUGUCCAUGUCCAUCUUCACUCCUGACUGGAUCAGGAUCGGCGUCGUAGCCGGGGUUGAAAUCGCGUCGCUUUUAUCAAUUUACCUCGUGUUCUACUGCAAAUCCAAAGUUGGAGAAGAGCCCAGGGGCUUUGGGGUUGGUUCCCUGUGGGGUGGAGCCAAUCCGCUGGUGAGGUCUGAGGAGCCAAUCAUCUGGCUUGGUUUGCAGAUUGACAGCCAGUUAAACCAGUGGGUGACCUGCGAGGCCCAGAACUGCUCGGACGGGAGCUGCAGCUUCUCCCUGCGCUGCUCCACGCCCGGCGCCAGCCUCAGGAACGUCUCCUACAGCUGGAGGGUGCGGGAUCAUCUGCAGGAUGGGAACUCCGUGGUGCUGCGGGUGAACGAAUCAUCCCGGGAGGAGCCGGAGACGCUGACGUGCAUGGCAUGGAACCCCGUCAGCAGCAGGAGCUUCACCGUCACCAUCCCCGGGGUGCUCUGCUCAGCAAAAAACACCCACCCUCCGAGCCCAGGAAAGCUGCCAUCCCUGUCCAUGUCCAUCUUCACUCCUGAGUGA